AUGUUAGCACAAGGAACGCAGAAUCAUUAUUGUUGUUUCUUCAGCAAAGCUAUCAAACUGCUUGAUUCUACAAGUGAAAAAAGUGAUCUGUGUGCAUUUUUCCUGACUGUCUUAUCAUACCUGUUCAUCCUUGUCACUUUACCGAUUUCUAUUUUUCUGUGUUUCCAUAUAGUUCAGGAAUAUGAACGUGCUGUGGUCUUCCGGCUGGGUCGUCUUUUGAAAGGGGGUGCCAGAGGACCUGGUCUGUUUUUCAUCGUACCAUGCACCGAUACUUUUCGGAAGGUAGAUUUAAGAACCGUGUCUUUCAAUGUUCCCCCGCAAGAAGUGCUAAGCAAGGAUUCCGUAACUGUAACCGUCGAUGCCGUGGUGUAUUACUGCAUCAGCAACGCCACCAUUGCCGUAUCCAACGUGGUGGACUAUGCUUCGUCCACUCAACUCUUGGCGGCGACCUCCCUGAGGACUGUCCUGGGCACAAAGAGCUUAUCUGAAAUUUUGUCUGAAAGGGAACAUAUCAGCCAUGUUAUGCAGGCCGGUCUUGAUGAAGCAACAAUAUCUUGGGGUGUGAAAGUAGAGAGAGUUGAAAUAAAAGACGUCAGACUGCCUCAACAGAUGCAGAGAGCCAUGGCCGCAGAAGCUGAAGCUGCCCGGGACGCUAGAGCCAAGGUGAUUGCAGCAGAGGGUGAACAGAAAGCGUCCAGAGCCUUGAAAGAGGCUGCUGACGUCAUUGCCGAGUCUUCUGGAGCCAUGCAACUGCGCUACUUGCAGACGCUGACGACAAUUGCUGCAGAGAAGAAUUCUACCGUCGUAUUCCCGCUGCCCAUGGACAUUCUCAGGGGAAUGGGAAUGAAGUCGGCAUGAGUACCCCCUAUUG